AAAUUUAGAUUUAGAAUGCUGAUGAAUUACAAUUUCGGAUAGGCUAAAGUCUUAUUGUAGAUUAAAGUACAAAUCUUAGUGGAUCAAAAUUUUUUGUUUACAUUGAACUUCAUUUUGAAAACUUAUUCUGUAUGUGAUAGUACUUUAAAGUCAGUUUUCAUCGUCGUAGUACUUAGUGGCAUGGUUGAUCGAAUGAUUAUCUAAUUUUGUCUUAAAUACGCAAAGGGAUUUCGACGCGAUUUUCUUUUAAAUAAAUACUUGUUUACUUUUUCAUCAUGAUAAUGAGGGACAUUCUGAAGAUAGUUAUGUUUUUGUGCAUACUUAAACAGUCAUAUUCAGACAAUAUAUUUGACGAAGCUUUCGAGCAAGACUUAGAAAGGUUUGUCGAGAAGACAAUGGAAUGCCGACACAUCCCUGGAUUGACACUAUCUGUUGUUAAAGAUUCAAAAAUUUGGGCUAAGGGUUACGGAACAGCCGACUUCUCGAAUGGACGUAUGGUUGACAACACUACACUAUUCGGUAUUGGUUCGGUUUCCAAAUCAUUUACAAUGGUCCUUCUCGGUAUUCUACUGACAGAAAAGGGAUUAGAUUGGGAUACAAAAGUGCACGAUAUACUCGGAUCAGACUACGAAUUCAUAGAUGAGUAUAGGAGCAAAGAAACAACACUAAGAGACUUGUUGUCACACCGGACGGGACUGGCUCGUCUUGAUAUUGGUUUGUUUUCUGGUUUUUCAAAAAGUUUAUCAAGGGCGCAGCUAAGUAUGAAGAUGAAGUAUUUACCUCAACUAUUGCCUUUUCGAGACAGAUUUCUCUACAAUAACUUCAUGUUUAUGUAUCUCGGACAUAUAGCAGAAAAAUUAGGUGAAGAUACCUGGGAAAAUCUUUUGAAAUCUAAGGUGUUAUUGCCUAUUGGAAUGACAUCGACUCAAGUACUCAAACAACCAGAGGAUGUGUUGAAAGAUAACGUUGCUAAACCAUAUAUAUUCAAUGAUAAUGAAUUUCAAAAUGGCACACUUGAUAUUUACAGUAUUUAUCCGGCCGAGCCUGCCGGUGCAAUUUUAUCGACUGGAGAAGACAUGGCAAAAUAUCUCCGGUUUCACCUAAAAGAUGGAACUACUGAAGAUGGAAAAACACUCCUGAAUCCCAUACUUCUCUUCGAGGCAUACACUGCAACUACCCCUACAGUGGACAAAAGUUUCUUAGAUAGUUACUAUCUUACUCGACCAGAAUUUCCAAUAUCUGAAACACCUCAAGGUUAUGGACAUGCUUGGUUUUCCGCCUCAUACCGAGGAUACCGUAAGAUAUGGCAUAGUGGUGGACUCUUUUCGUAUAUCACGCAAGCAUGGUUUUAUCCCGACAUAAAUGCAGGAGUAUUUGCCAGUGUUAAUGGCCCAGCUUUAGCAGGCUUGCCCGGUUAUGCACUCCGUACAAUUAUGUAUUACAUAACUGACAAGCUAAUCGGUGAGGACCCGUGGCUAAACGAGACAACAACAUGUGAAUUUCCAGACCUUUGGCGUAAUAUAACUACAAAUUCAACAGCACCAGAACCGUUUGGAAAAUUAGAAAAUCCAUCAGAAUAUAUUGGUAUUUACGGGAGUUAUUUCCUUCCUGCGCUGACUAUCUCAACAAAACCUGGUGACGAUUCUUCAUUGCUCAUUCAAAUGAAUAGGCUCGGAGGUGUCCUACAUUCAACGCAAGACAAAGAUAGGUUUUUGAUGGAAAUCACUUCUCCAUGGGAGUACAUGACAGCUUUUAUAGAUGGCAAUAACAAUACAGUGUUUGUCAAUUCAACAUUUAUAAGAAAUAAAGACGGUGAAGUGAGAAGCAUUGAGUUCAAGUAUGAAGUAAAAACUGUGUACACCAAAGAUAUCACAAUCUUUGACGACCAAGUUUCAGGCCAAGCUGCUGUUUUGAAGCUAGAUACAUAUUGCAUCAUUAAGAAGUUUAUUAUUAUGAUAGCUAUUUCAUUUGUGGUUGCCAAGAUUAAUUUAACCUAAAAUUACUUUGAAUAUUAUUCAACUGACUUUGAUACAUGUUAAACAAAAGGAAUUAUUCGAAUUAUUCAGGAAAUUAUAAAGGGAAUUUCUCGAGACAAAACGGAUUUGAAUGAUUUUCUACGGCAACUUAAUUUACAUUUGUUAUGUAAAAUACAUUUAUAUACAUAUUUGAAUCAUUUAGAAUGUAAAAUACAAAUCUACCGAUUUGCAAUUGUAAACGCUCAAUAUCUUGA